AUGCUCGGUGAUUCUUACGGUCGUGCCUUACGUCGAUUUAAGACGCUAGAGGGCAAAUUGCUCAAGGAUGUGGAAUUGAAGUCGCAAUACGCUGCAUUCAUCAAGGAAUACAUCGAUCUACAGCAUAUGUCGCUUGCUUAUGAGCAAUCAGUAGCCUCGCAAUAUUACUUGCCUCAUCAUUGCGUGCAGAAGCCAGAUAGUCCCUCAAUACAGCCUAAAAUCUUCAGCACACUGCUUCGUUUUCGAUUUUUCAAAGUUGCAUUAUGCGGGGACAUCUGCAAAAUGUAUCGAUGUGUCCGUGUCACUAGCCCCGAUAACUAUUUGCAGUCUAUCUUAUGGCGUGACGACCCAAAGCAACAAGUUAAGGCUUAUACGCUCGAUACGGUUACCUACGGCACUAAGCCGGCUGCAUUUCUGGCAAUUCGUGCUAUGCAGCAGCUAUCAUAUGAUGAGGAAGCUGAGUUCCCAUUGGCAGCCAAAAUAGUUCGCCGAGACUUUUAUGUGGACGAUCUUAUUUCUGGAGGUGACUCGAUCGAGGAGGCAGCUCAAAUUCGUGAGCAGGUGAAGGAAUUGCUAUCCAUGGGUCAUUUUCCACUUCGAAAAUGGUGUUCAAAUGAGGCAGCAGCUUUAGAAGGCGAGUUAGAAAUUGAUCGCGAGAAAACGCUCAGAAUUGCGCAGAUUCAGGAUCGCACCAAGAGCAUGACAUGGCGUCAUGUACCCACACGCUGGAACCCUGCCGAUAUAUUAUCGCGUGGAUGCUCACCUCUCGAGCUCUUGGAGUCGAACCUGUGGCGAGAGGGACCUCCAUUUUUACGUUCGGAUUCAUCGUGCUGGCCAAACAUAGCGCCUAUUGUGGACGACUUGCCUGAACGUCGUCGCAUGGUUUUAGUUGUAACCGAGAAGCAGGAUAUCUCGUACGAUUGCAAAUUUCAAAACUCAUUUGGAAAGCUGCAGCGAGUUUUUGGAUAUAUAUACCGGUUCUGGCUUCUCAAAUUCCAAAAUCAAACGCGUCGCAAAGGACCACUCACAGUCGAUGACGUCAAAGGUGGCACACAUCUACUCAUCAAAGGGAUCCAGCGUGUUUUCUUCGCAGAGGACUACAAAGCAUUGCGAAAGAACAAGCAGGUUGCAUCAAAUAGCAAGCUCUCGUCGUUGCAUCCUAUUCUAGAUGACUCAGGAUUAAUUCGUGUUGGUGGUCGCUUGCAAAACUCGCUUCUGGACUACGAUGCGAGACAUCCCAUUUUGCUGCCAAAGGAUUAUCCUGUCACUCAAGCAAUCGUCGCUCACUUUCAUCACAAGUUUUUGCACGCAGGACCGCAAAGUCUACUAGCUGCCUUGCGCCAGAGGUUUUGGCCAAUUGGAGGCAGAAAAACAGUCGCAGCUAUUGUUAACAAAUGCAUCAGGUGUUUCAGACUGAAGCCGAGAAUGAUGGAGCACAUCAUGGCCCCCUUGCCGGCCAGCCGAGUGCAACCAAGUCGUCCCUUUACAACGACUGGAAUCGACUUUUGUGGCCCAUUCUUCUCGAAAUCGGAAGUCAGGAAUCGACCGCCUGCGAAGUGCUACGUGGCAGUUUUUAUUUGCUUCGCAACUAAGGCCUCUCACUUGGAGUUAGAAGAGGAUUUGUCAACCGCAUCGUUCCUCGCCGCUCUCAAGCGUUUCACCAGCAUCAGGGGCAAGCCCAACACGAUCUGGUCGGACAACGCAACAAACUUUGUUGAAAAUCGUAGCGACUUGGAGGUUCUCACGCCUGGACAUUUUCUUAUUGGCACCGCUUUCAACGCCAUAGACGAACCCGACAUCACCCACCUCAACAUCAACCGGCUAAGUCGCUGGCAGCGAGUUUGCCAGAUGCAGCAGGCGAUUUGGCACAAGUGGAGCACUGCCUACCUAUCGCUACUCCAGGAACGUGGGAAAUGGCGAUCAGAAAAGGCAAACUUGUCGCCCGGCAAUAUAGUCAUCAUUAAGGACGACAAUCUUCCUUCACUCCAAUGGCGGAUGGGCAGAGUCGAGAGCAUCGUUCUUGGACCAGAUGGCGUGGCCCGUGUUGCAGUUAUUCGAACAGCUGCAGGCAUCAUCCGAAGAGCUGUUGGCAAGUUGGCCGUUCUGCCCUUUGAGACCACCUCGUCUGUCAGCGUGACUCUUCCAGCGGGGGGAGCAUGUUCGGAGCAGAACCCCUAA